AAGACAUUUCUGUGCUAAAGUUCAGAAGGACCAAAAACACAGCGGAAGGAAGAGAAACAGCACUGAAAUAUCCGUGUCGUUUAAAAAUCGCAUUUGUAGAAUGGCGGGGAACCGAGACAAAGCGUCCGACCAGAUGAAAAUGUGGAAGGAGAAAAGGGGAGCCCAGAGAGCGGACACGAUGAGCACCGGUGCAGGCGUGCCCGUGGGGGACAAGCUGAACUCGCUGACGGCCGGCCCGCGGGGCCCCCUGCUGGUCCAGGACGUGGUGUUCACUGAUGAGAUGGCUCAUUUUGACCGGGAGCGCAUCCCAGAGAGAGUGGUGCACGCUAAGGGGGCAGGAGCGUUUGGAUACUUGGAGGUGACCCAUGACAUCACCAAGUACACCAAGGCCAAGAUAUUCGAGCACAUUGGCAAGAGGACACCCGCCGCAGUGAGGUUCUCCACCGUGGCUGGAGAGGUUGGCUCUGCAGACACUGUGCGGGAUCCUCGCGGCUUUGCAGUGAAGUUCUACACAGAAGAAGGAAACUGGGACCUCACUGGGAACAACACCCCCAUCUUCUUCAUCCGGGACCCCUUACUGUUCCCUUCCUUUAUCCACUCUCAGAAGAGGAACCCGCAGACCCACCUGAAGGACCCAGACAUGGUGUGGGAUUUCUGGAGCCUGCGGCCUGAGUCCCUGCAUCAGGUCACCUUCCUGUUCAGCGACCGUGGAAUUCCAGAUGGACACCGACACAUGAAUGGCUACGGUUCCCACACCUUCAAGCUGGUCAAUAAGGCUGGGGAGGCCGUCUACUGCAAAUUCCACUUCAAGACUGACCAGGGCAUUAAGAACAUCCCGGUGGAUGAGGCCAGCCGCCUGUCCUCCACAAACCCUGACUACGGCAUCCAGGACCUGUACAACGCCAUCGCCAACGGCAAUAACCCCUCCUGGAGCUUCUUCAUCCAGGUCAUGACCUUCGAGCAGGCAGAGAAGUUCCGCUGGAACCCCUUCGACCUGACCAAGGUUUGGUCUCAUAAAGAUUUCCCUCUGAUCCCAGUGGGGAAACUCGUGCUGAACCGAAACCCUGUAAACUAUUUUGCAGAAGUGGAGCAGCUGGCAUUCGACCCCAGCAACAUGCCCCCUGGCAUUGAGCCCAGCCCUGACAAGAUGCUGCAGGGACGUUUGUUCUCAUACCCAGACACUCACAGACACCGCCUAGGAGCCAAUUACCUGCAGAUCCCUGUGAACUGCCCCUACAAGGCUCGAGUAGCAAACUACCAGAGAGACGGGCCCAUGUGCAUGUUUGAUAACCAGGGCGGAGCCCCCAAUUACUACCCCAACAGCUUCAGCGCCCCGGAUUCACAGCCGCAGUUCCUGGAGACCAAGUUCAGGGUGUCUGCUGACGUGGCUCGCUUUAACAGCUCAGACGAUGACAAUGUGACCCAGGUGCGCACUUUCUACACACAGGUUUUAAACGAAGAAGAGCGUCAGCGUCUGUGUGAGAACAUCGCCGGCCACCUCAAGGGGGCUCAGCUUUUUAUCCAGAAACGUGCAGUGAAGAACUUCAUGGAUGUUCAUCCAGACUAUGGGACACGCAUCCAGGCCCUGCUGGACAAAUACAACACACAGGCUGGGGAGAAUGUGAUCCGGACCUACGCACCCAAUGAUGCGUCCCUGACUGCACGUGAAUCCAAGAUGUGAGCGAGAUGCCUUCGUCCUGUUCCCUUGCUACCGUGGGACAAAAAAACAAUAAUUAACGCUGUUAAUUGUGGAAACUCCACUACUAACUCUUGCCUUGGUAUUGAUGUAAGCUACACAGCCAGCAUAGUAUUAGACAGAGAUUUAAUAAAUUCCAUAAAGGACUGUGCUGUUCUGUAGCAGACAUGUUUUGAAUCUUUGUUCUUUUGAGUUUCAUUAAUUCGCUAGAACAGACCUCUGGUACCAUCUGUGGAGCGAGUGUUUUGCACUAUAGCUUUUCAAAUAGCAGGCAAAGAUGACCAGCUCCAGCCUAAUUCAUUUGCCUGCUGUGGGAUAUACAACGCUUGUUUUUUCAACCACGCACAGCACUGAUACUGUCCAAAAGGCCCAAUGUGUCUAAAGCAAACUGAAUCACUUGUUAGCCUGGAACUGUGAUUGUAACUCUGCCUAUAUCACUUCAGGGAUCCUAGGUGUUUGUUUACUAAAAUGGGAAGAAAAAUCUGCAUUAGCUUUUUGAAUUUUUUCGGUGUGUCUGAAUAGCAUGUUGAACCCAUUCACAAGGGUUUUAAUCAAAACUAAACUGAAUCACUUGUUUUACUUUCAAAUGUAUGGAUUAAAGCUGGCUGUGUUUUUUGAGAACUGAGCUAUGUUGCUUAAAGCAAAAUAAAUAACAAUGUAGCUGCAUUUUGAUGAAACUCUGCUUGUACGUUUCUUACAAUAAGCUAAAAUAAACAAAUAUACAGUAA